AUGGAGAGCAAAAUUACUGAUUUACAAUCUAUAGUUAAAUCCUUAACAGAUGGAAAACAGUUACCAACAUCAUCACCGUCAUCAUCAACAUCACCCGUUUCCUUCAACAACUCAAUUCCCGACCAACCAGAACCAAAACCAAAUACCACCUUGAUAAUUGGUAGCUCCAUUCUCCAACAAAUUAUUCCCAGUGCACUAUUUAAUGUGUGUGUUAAAACUUUAAGAGGUGCUGUGUUACCCGUCAUUUUUCGCCACCUAUCAAAAUUACAUAUCCCUGAUAAUAAAUCCAUUAUAAUCCAGGCUGGCGGAAAUGAUGUUAAUCAGAAAAGAAAAAUGGCGGAUAUAGAAAAGGACAUAAGCAAUACAAUUGAUUACAUCAAAGGUGCAUCUCCAAAGACUAAAAUAUUCCUUUCAGAGGUAUUACCAAGAGGGGAUACUGAUGUUUCCGAAAUUAAUAAGAUGUAUCGGACUCUUGCACAAAAAAGCAAUAUCUCAUUAAUUACAGUACAUUCUAAUUUUUAUAAAAAGGCUAAUCUACUCUGGAAGGAUAGAAUUCACUUGACAGAUGAAGGCACCCAAAAACUAUUGGAAACAUAUGACAAGUUUGUUUCCAUUUUUAAAGAUGCUUUUCUUGCUGAUCUCUCGCGACAACCCUUCUCAUGUAUUGAACAUAUUGAUGAUCCCAACAUUGCUAUUGAAACUUGGUAUUCGCUCUUUAAUCAUGCUCUAGAUUUUCACGCUCCAAGGAGGCGCCGUAGAGUCAAGAGACAUUCCCAACCACAAUGGUUUAAUGACGAGAUUCAGGAAGCGCGAAGACUAAGAGAUUACUUUAAGAAAAAGAACAAAAAUUACUUCUAUAAAUAUUGGCGAAAUGAAACUAAAUCUUUAAUCACAAAAUCAAAGGUUAAUUUUAUUAAAAACUCUGUGAAAGAGAAAGAUGAUCUGAAAAACAUUUGGCAGUUUUUUAAUGAAGCCAAGGGUAAAAUUAAUACUAAUCAUUAUCCUGAAAAUAUUUUACACCGUGAUACGGAAUAUACUGACCUUAAUGACAUUGCCGAUGUUAUGAAUAAUUAUUUUACAAAUAUAACCGAUGAUAUUAAACCAAAUUAUAAACCCCUUUCUUGUGAAAAUAUUACUUGUAUUGAAAACCAUGUUUCAAACAAAGUUCCACAAAAUCAGUAUUUUAAAAUUGAUUACAUUAAAUGUAACAACGUUCUUAAUUUACUUUUGUCACUUGAUUGUAAGAAAUCAACUGGUCCUGAUUUUAUUGGUCCUAAGAUUUUACCAUAA